UCAAAAUUCAGUCUUUACAGUCCAAAAAUAUUGCAAAAAAAGACAAAAAACCACAAAAUUUCAGGCAAUUCCGCGCAAAAGUUACCCGAAUUUUCACUCAAGGACCCACAGCCGAGCAUGUAUUAGCCGAGAAUGAACGGCAGCGCACGAUCGACCAAAAACGAACUAAAUUAAUUUUUCGCAGUGAAUUUGAAAGUUUCCGGCAUGAAUCCUGUUAAUCCAGCGCAAGAUAUGAACAUGAUUUGGAUGUCGGCUCCAACAUCGAUCGAGGGUUUCUAUCAAGCACAACAACAAUUGCCGAGUUUGGACGAAUUGACGCAACAAUCCGCAUUAAUGGAGGCACCCAUACAAGGUGACUUCCUCGGAGCAAGUCAAAUGGCAGGAUUACCCAUAAGUGCCGUGGAUUUGUUCAAUUUUCAACUCAUGCAACAGCAACAGGCACAGCAGCAACAGCAGCAACAACAACAACAACAACAAAUUGACAUGCAAAAUUACGCCUUGGCGAUGAGUAAUUUGAACGGCGGGCUUUUAAUGAAGGAUGACGACGACGUGGAAGGCGAUGCCGACGAAGAACUCGAGGAACAAGCGCAAUACACGGGAAAUUAUCAAUACAUCGAGAACUCAGAUGAUCAAGAAAACGCCAUUUUAAACGAAGAUUACAACAGUAGCAAUAGCAGCUCGGGCAAUUUUAUGCUCAGUCAGCAGCAGCAAAUGUUCAAUAUGCUCAAUAGCGGAAAACAGGGAAGCGUCGAUGCGGCGGCGAUGCAACAAUCGUUCCAACAAACCUUUGGGACGCGAUCCAAAGAGUCUUUCAAGAAAAUAAAGCCCGUUAAGAGGCCGGGGCUCGUGCUGAAAACACCGAUUGCGUAUCAGGGCAACAUCGAUCCCGCUGUCAUUCCAAUUCAAAGAGACGGAAUGGCUGUUUGCGAAAAAUGCGGUGCGAUCGGAGUAAAGCACUCCUUCUACACGAAACAGCGACGUUUUUGUAGUAUGACCUGCGCCCGUGGCUUUGAAUUGACCUCACAUUUGCAACCGUCGACAAGUGGUAACGUAAAAAUGGACGAAAAAGCGUCCAAAACCAGCAACAACAUGCAACAAGUACAAAACACAUUUAGAUUUAAAUUUUCCAAUGGCAAUGGGAAUGGUGCGGGAGGCGGCGUCAGUAGUGGCGACGAACAAAUGUACGCGCAAAAUGCCGAAAAUGGCAGUUCCGCGAAUGCCGCGUCAUCCGCUUCAAUGUUAUAUCGUGACAUAUUACCUCAGGAAGACUUACCUCAGAUACCAAAGGUGACUCGUUUGCCCUCGCCGUGCCCGCAAGACGACAAAAUCCAAACGAUUCGGCGGAGGCCAAACGAAUUUCCGAAUUCUUAUGACUGGACACCGCAACUUUCGCAUCCGGAUUUUUUUGCGGCGCCCGUGACGUGCUUUAGACACGCGCCGGGCUAUGAAAUGUGGCCAAAUAUCGUGACCGGCAUGAAAGUCGAGGUAGAAAAUACGGAUUGUGAUCAGACAUUUUUGACGGGAAAUACGCCGCAUUCCUUUUGGGUGGCGACAGUGCUGAAAAUCCAUGGAUACAAGGCGCUUUUGCGGUACGAGGGAUUUGAUGAUGAUGCGUCGCACGACUUUUGGGUGAAUUUGUGUUCGAGCGAAGUGCAUCCCGUGGGAUGGUGUGCGACGAAAGGCAAGCCGUUGAUCCAUCCGCGAUCAAUUGAGAAUAAAUACAGCGACUGGAAGGAAUAUUUGGUGCAGCACUUGUCGGGAGCGAGAACGCUGCCGUCAACGUUCUACAAUAAGAUUAAUGAUAGCUUGCGAUCGCGCUUCCGAUGCGGUUUGCUGCUGGAAGUUGUCGAUAAAAAUAGGAUCUCACAGAUGAAAGUCGCGACAGUGUGUAAAAUCGUUGGGAAACGAUUAUUUGUGAGAUAUUGGGAUAGCGGACCGGAAGAUGGAUUUUGGUGCCAUGAAGAUUCGUCUUUAAUUCAUCACGUUUCGUGGUCCAGUAGUGUUGGGCAUCCGCUUGAUGCGCCUCCAGAGUACAUGGAACGAAUGAAUGAUGAAAUUUUCCAACCACAAGAGAACGAUUCAACAGUUGAUCUGUUCAAGACAAAUUUCUCCUUCGAAGAUUACUAUUUGGAGGAGCAAACACCGCGAUUCCUCAAAGGAAUGAAACUCGAAGCCAUAGACCCACUGAAUCUUUCAUCAAUUUGCGUCGCGACAGUCAUGAAUGUCCUUAACUUUGGUUACAUCAUGAUUCGGAUCGACUCGUACGAGCCAGAUGCGACAGGAGCAGACUGGUUCUGCUACCACGAAAAAUCUCCAAGUAUUUUCCCAGCUGGAUUUUGUGCGAGAAACGGCAUAAAUUUGACACCACCGAAGGGAUACGAUUCGGAAUCCUUCUCAUGGGACCAAUAUUUGAUCGAUACCUCAAGCGUUGCGGCGCCCGUUGAUCUUUUCCCGACAGAUAGACACAGACAACGAUUCAAAGUUGGAAUGAAAGUAGAAUGUGCUGAUUUGAUGGAUCCAAGAUUAGUUUGUGUCGCCAGCAUCUCUCGCGUCGUCGGAAAUCUCCUAAAAAUACAUUUUGAUGGAUGGGAGGAUGAGUACGAUCAAUGGCUACAUUGCAACAGUUCCGACAUUUAUCCCGUCGGAUGGGCAUUUUUGGUGGGUCACAAACUAGAAGGUCCCCGAGUUCUACCAAAGCUUCCGCCAAAAAUUUCUCCUAAGCUCAGCAGGAAGAAGCGUGGCAGGAAAAAAGGUGUCAAAAAUACCAUCGAUGAUCAAAAAGUCGCUCCCUUCACUCGAACGGCGCAAAUCAAGAAGGAACAAGAAGAGUUCGAGCACCAAAAACAACAAUCAAAAACCGCCAAACGUUCAUCGAACCACCUUUCCGUCAAAGUAGAGCCAAAAAUGGAGCCUCUCGAGUCACGCAUGGACCUUCCUCCCGCCCAAAUGAUGAUGGACGAAGAAGAAGACGACGACUACGAGAGUUCGCUCAAUCAGAGCUUUGAUGCUUCCACGACAUCCAAAAAUGACGAAUUAACUGAUCUCGAUUUCAGCGUCGAUCAUCACGAAUUGCCGCAAAUGAGUGCCAUGCAGGCACCGCAAGACCCCCCAGAACCCGAAGAAGACGAAGAAACGGAAGAAAAUGAACCUUCCUCCAAAUACAUUCCAAAAUUGAAUGGAGCAAGUAGCACGAGUUCGCCCGAAAAAGCCGAAAAUUCAUCACUAAUCUGUCCCGAUACGUGGAGCAACGACGACGUCUUGCAAUUCCUCACGGUAAACGACUGUGCGGCACAUCGCGAAUCCUUCUCUCAAGCGGGUGUCGAUGGAAAACGCUUGCUUGAACUCACAAAAGACGACAUCAUUGGCAUGCUCGGCAUGAAAGUCGGGCCCGCACUCAAAAUCUACGACUUAAUUCAGCAACUCAAGUGUCGCGUCAACCCGAAACUCCUCAAGGGAAGCAUGAACAAGAAAUUCUUAUAGUUAAUUACGGCGGUGAUAACCGUAUUCAUCUAAAAGUUUAAAAAGUCUCAAUCAGCAAAAAGUAGCAAAGUAAGGAUUUGUAAAAUACAAGUUUUAAGGAAAAUUUUUUAAUGUUAAGAAAUUUAAACAGAAACUUAUGAAAAACGUUUCGUUACUUAGAAACUCUCUCCAAAUUUUGGUUGCCAUACGAUUUUUUUUAAACAGAGUUAACGUUUUGAAGAUUUAUUUGAUGAAGCAAAAAUAUAUUGAACAAAUUGUGAUUUUCAAAAAAAUAAAAAGAUUUCUUCAAAAAAUUGAUUUGAAACAGGUUUGAUAUAAAUAUUAAAUAAAAAUAGAAAUAACGAGAAAAAGUAUAUGAUAAAAAUAUAUUAGAGAUACGGUUAAUUUUAAAGUUAAGAAAAGAUAGGCAUGUAAGCAAUAGACGUUAAAUUUGUAAGAUA